CAAUCCAAUACAAACAUGGCCCGAAGAACGAAAAAGGUUGGAAUUGUUGGCAAAUAUGGAACACGAUAUGGUUCCUCUUUGAGAAAAAUUAUCAAGAAAAUCGAAGUUUCCCAACACAGUAAAUUCACUUGCAAUUUCUGUGGAAAAGACAGUAUGAAAAGGAAAGCUGUUGGUAUUUGGGCCUGUAAAAAAUGCCAUAAAGUUGUAGCUGGUGGAGCCUGGACCUACAGUACCUCUGCUGCAGCCACUGUAAGAAGUGCUGUUCGAAGAUUGAGAGAAAUGAAAGAAGCAUAAACUCUACACAAAAUAUUGACAAAAAAUUAGCAAAAAAAUUAAUAAAAUCUUGG